AUGCCACAAUUUCAUAAACUUACACUGUUUGCUGGAGCUGGUAUUGGUGCUUUUGCUGUGUUACUUCUUAUUAUUAGUAUAGCUACACCUGCAUGGCUUGAUGAUGGAAAAGGCAAUACUGUUGGUCUUUUCCGAAGAUGUUAUGCAGCAAAUAAUGAAGUACUUAACGAUACCGAAGGUUGUUUUGGAGAUAAUCGUGUUACUCAAGGUGGCUUGUCUGUUUUUGGUCUUUUACUUCUUAUAUUCAGUAUUUUUGCAACAAUCGCUGCAGCAUUUACAGGAAAUUCAUUAAUCUUAUUGGUUUCGUUGGGUUUAAUGUUUUUUGCAUCUAUGUUCGUUAUGUCAGCUUAUGCAACAUGGGGAGUUUAUUCACGUGAUCCUAAAUUAUAUAUUCUUCAUACUACCACCACAUUAAUAGAUCAAUAUUCAUCAAUGGGUUAUUCGUAUAAUUUAUGUGUUGCUGCACAUUUCUUUCUUUGGACGGCACUUACAUUAGUUGCAUUUGGUGUUGGACAUUUUUGGGGUUCUGAACGAAAUACUUCAGGUUAA